UUUUCAGACGUUCGCUUCGGGUCGAUGUCAGAAUAAACGAAAAAGAAUAACCCGUUGCACCCAGCGAAUCGUCGAACAUUUUCAAUACUCACCCAUAUCAGUCACCCAAAACGGAUUUAUUAUUAUUAUUAGAGCAUAUCAUCCACAUUUAUUCUCAAACGCGUGAUGCGUAUAUCGAUAGGCCGGAUAGCAUGGCAAAUUCUGGCAGUUUUAAUCGCAGUUGCAUUCACUAUUGAACAUGAUUCCAUUUGCGAUGAAAGUAUAGGUGCCUGUGGGGAACCAAUACAUACCGUAAUACGUUUAGCAAAAAGAGAUGAUGAGCUUGCACGGCGAAUAGCUGCUGAUCAUGACAUGCAUGUAAAAGGUGAUCCGUUUUUGGAUACUCACUACUUCCUUUAUCACUCGGAAACAACAAGGACACGGCGACAUAAAAGAGCGAUUGUUGAACGAUUGGAUUCACAUCCAGCCGUCGAAUGGGUUGAAGAACAGCGACCGAAGAAGAGAGUCAAAAGAGAUUAUAUUCUCCUGGAUAAUGAUGUUCAUCAUUCUAACCCCUUCCGCCGUUCGGUUUUGAACCGUGAUGGUACUCGUAGAGCUCAACGACAGCAGCCACAGUCUCCACGAGAAAUUCCAUCACUUCCAUUUCCUGAUCCACUUUAUAAAGACCAGUGGUAUUUGCAUGGUGGAGCAGUUGGUGGAUAUGAUAUGAAUGUUCGUCAAGCGUGGCUUCAAGGAUAUGCAGGCAGAAAUGUUUCAGUUUCGAUUCUUGACGAUGGAAUUCAAAGAGAUCAUCCUGAUUUGGCAGCGAACUACGAUCCACUCGCGUCAACAGAUAUCAAUGAUCACGAUGAUGAUCCAACACCACAAAACAAUGGAGAUAACAAACAUGGUACAAGAUGUGCUGGAGAAGUAGCUGCACUCGCCGGAAACAAUCAAUGUGGUGUCGGUGUUGCCUUCAAAGCAAAAAUAGGAGGAGUUCGUAUGCUUGAUGGAGCUGUUUCGGAUUCUGUCGAAGCUGCGUCAUUGUCUUUGAAUCAAGAUCAUAUUGAUAUAUACUCAGCAUCAUGGGGACCUGAAGACGACGGAAAGACUUUUGAUGGUCCAGGUCCACUUGCCCGAGAAGCUUUUUAUCGUGGAAUCAAGAAUGGCAGAGGUGGAAAAGGAAACAUUUUUGUAUGGGCCAGUGGAAACGGUGGAUCAAGGCAAGACUCAUGUUCAGCUGAUGGUUACACAACUUCAGUCUACACGCUUUCCAUAUCUUCGGCUACUUAUGAUAAUCACAGACCAUGGUAUUUGGAAGAAUGCCCAUCAUCAAUUGCAACAACAUACAGUUCUGCGGAUUUCCGUCAACCAGCAAUUGUGACCGUUGAUGUUCCUGGAGGAUGUACUGAUAAGCAUACAGGAACUUCUGCGUCUGCUCCAUUGGCAGCUGGAAUUAUUGCUCUUGCUUUAGAGGCUAAUCCUGAAUUAACAUGGCGUGAUAUGCAACAUCUUGUUCUUCGAACCGCCAACUGGAAACCACUUGAGAAUAAUCCUGGAUGGUCAAGAAAUGGUGUUGGACGUAUGGUUAGCAAUAAAUUCGGUUAUGGUCUAAUCGAUGGUGGUGCACUUGUCAAUAUGGCAAAAACAUGGAAGACAGUCCCAGAGCAGCACAUUUGCACAUAUGAAUACAGACUUGCUAAUCCAAAUCCUCGGCCAAUUGUGGGUCGUUUCCAACUUAAUUUCACUUUAGAUGUGAAUGGAUGCGAGUCAGGAACCCCUGUUUUAUAUUUGGAACACGUUCAAGUGCAUGCUACUGUUCGAUAUCUGAAACGUGGCGAUCUGAAGCUUACGCUCUUCUCACCAUCCGGCACCCGAUCGGUUCUUCUUCCACCACGACCACAAGAUUUCAAUGCUAACGGAUUCCACAAGUGGCCUUUCCUUUCAGUCCAACAAUGGGGAGAAGAUCCACGUGGAACAUGGCUUCUCAUGGUGGAAUCAGUCACCACUAAUCCAGCUGCUACUGGUACGUUCCACGAUUGGACUCUUCUUCUUUAUGGAACUGCUGAUCCAGCUCAAUCAGGUGAUCCUGUCUACUCGGCUACUCCUGCAACAUCCCAAGGAGUUCUCUCACGCGUUCAUCAACUCACUUCUCAGGUACGCACAUUUUUCGGAGGAUUCGGAUAGAAUCAUAUUGUUCUUUGUGUGUGUGUUGUGUUGUCUCCUUUGUUUUUAUUUUCAUAUUUAGGGGCCCUUGAAUUCAAACUGAUUUACCCUUCCCCUCUUCUCACUUUCUAUCUAAUUUGGUUUCGGUGAUAGUUGUGUUUUAAUUUUGAAAAUUCCCAACCCACAGAGUGUGUGUGCUUGCGAGUGUGUGAGCCUGGUGUGAUAAUCAAUUUUCAAAUUGAAAAAUUGAAAAAAUCAACAAAAUGCCUAAUUUUCUCAUAAUUAUUCAUCGUCCUUACCUCUGCCACAAUUUUCAGUUUAUUCAUGUUUCUAUUCAUAAUUUCCUUGUGUAUGUAUCUGUAUGUCUCUAUGUAAAUGUGUCGCUGACUUUUUAAUGUUUCUUGUGAACUCGUCUUCGUCUAUGUUCUUGUUGUUAUUGUGAUGUGAAUCAACUUUUUAAUUAAAAAGAGAAUUGAUUAACAGUUAUAUUUAUUUCUUUAUUUCUUUAAUUUCUUUGUUCAACUAGACGUCCACAUUGUUUUCUGCAGUGAAGCGACAACUACUCCCACAUAGUUUUUUUAAAUCUAAUAAAAUUUCCAUUUUUUCAAAAUUCUUUUUCAACAAAUUUUUUGUUUCCCAAUUUAUUUCCCUUUGCACCUCUCUUACCCUGAUUGGUUAAGUUCUACGUGUUGAUUUGGAACAAGUUUGAAUAUUGUUCAAUCCAUGCAUUUUGUCAAAGAAUUUGCAUAAUUCGAACACUAUAUUCAGUUUGUCUCAGAUCUUUUUCAUAAAACACAUCUCUAACUUCACUCCCUCUGUUUUCACACCGAUCUAAUCAGAUUUUUGUUGAUAGAAUUUAGAAUACGGUAGAGUUGCGCAAUUCAAUUUAUUGUUUGCUAUUAGAUUCAAUUAUUUAGAGUUUCUAAAUUUUCCAUUUGAUUUUUGAAAUUUCAUUCAGAAUGAACCAUUGCUGAGAAUUGCCAGUUCGCAACACUACCGUCUUUCUCCUUCUUCUAUCCACCAAUCGUUACUUCCCUUUGCUCAGUUUUCUAACUCUUACCCUACUCCUCCACCAUUUUAUCAAUCCACUAGUAACCAUCGUCCAACUUACAUUUAUCUCCCACGACCACGUAGAUUUCUUUUGACUAAUCAAUUAAUUUAGUAUUUGUCUAGGCAGCGAGUAAACUAUUUGAUGUGCUAACAAAUAAAUGUUAGUUAGUUUUCCUCAUACCAUUUCGAUAAAUUCAAAUAAAAGUAGGAUAUCAAAUUUUGCAUUAACUUAACUUUCAAUACAAUUUUAAGGCAUAGCUUAUUAAGAAUAUAAUUGAAAAAAUUUCCCUAAUUGUCCCCCGAAUGCUCUCAGUUAUUAUUUUCUUGUCCCACAUGCUCGUUGUGUUGUGAUUACAGAAGCGAACGUUCUCAAAACGUCCACAAGCCUUCUCGCGUGUUCGCCAAAUGCCAAUUCCAUCCGGUGUGACACAGCAGCGUCAAUGGGUCCCACAGCGACCGCAGCCGCAGUCGGUGUUUCAACAAGCGACGUUUGGUCAAUGGGUUUGGGAUCCUGUGUCACAGCGAUGGGUCUGGUCACGAAGGAUCAGGAAACAUCAGCCAGAACCGGUGCAUCGACGACGAUACAAGCAUUAGAUGUUCGGGGUUUUUUAUGUUUGUGUUGGAUGAUCCAUCAAUCCUCUUCUACAUUUCUUUCUCUAUAUGUACUUUUCUCGUAAUGGGAAACUGAUAAUUGUGUAUGGGAAUGUCUGGAUAGAGGUUUUUAUGUUGUCCUAUAUGGGUUUUUUGUAAUGUGAAAUUGAGCAUUCAACACAUUGUUGCACGUUUUUUUUUGGUAUUUUCACGAACUUCUACUUUUAAAAAUCACUAUUCUAAAGACUAAUUACUAGGUUUUAAAAGUUUUUGGAAUGAACAAGUUGAAUCUUGGUAUAAUUAGCACUAUAGGAAAAACCACUAGCCAGACAUUUCUUGUAAAUAUUCGUAAUUAGUCCAUUGUGUUCUCUCGGUUUUCCCCGUUUCAAAAUCUCUGGUGCUCACUUUCUCAUCUCCCGAUAAUGUUUUCUUUUUGUUUGAAUCAUCCCUCCCGGUGCCUUCUUUUUCACAAUGUCUGUAUCAAAUUGAACUCGAUAUUAUUUAAUUUACCACCAUCUCCUCACGGUCAUCUUUGUUUCAGGUGUUGGGUCUUUUUUUCUGCAUUUUUCCUUGUGAAUUUCAGUCUUUCCAUGUUUAUAUUCCAUUCCUUAUACUCUUCAUUCUCAUUCUGUUGCCUCCUUUUCCCGGUCAAUCAUUCAUGCAUUCAUCACAAACCUUCAAAAGUGCGGGAUUUCCUUUUGUUUUUAUUUUAUGUUUUAAACUGGAAAAUUGCAUAAUUUUCUCAUUGAAAUAAGAAGAAU